ACUCCCUUCCCCCUCCUCCACCAUUACCCUCCUCCUCCCACCACCAUCUCCCCUCGGUUAUUAUUUUUUUUUUGCCUUCUCCGGGUCGCACCAACCGUCGGGCUGGAGGGGAACGGGAUGCAGAACCACAGCGGCGUGAUCCGGGGCCCGGCGGGCAACAACGACUGUCGGAUCUACGUGGGGAACCUGCCGCCCGACAUCCGCACCAAGGACAUUGAGGACGUCUUCUACAAGUACGGCAGCAUCAGGGACAUCGACCUGAAGAACCGCCGCGGAGGCCCGCCGUUCGCCUUCGUCGAGUUCGAAGACCCGAGAGAUGCAGAGGAUGCCGUAUACGGUCGAGAUGGUUACGAUUACGAUGGUUACCGUCUGCGUGUUGAAUUUCCAAGGAGUGGGCGGGGGACUGGAAGAGGGGGUGGCGGUGGAGGAGGCGGCGGGCAGACCCCCCGUGGAAGAUACGGGCCCCCCUCUAGGCGCUCUGAAUAUAGAGUGGUAGUUUCAGGGCUCCCUCCAAGUGGUAGUUGGCAGGAUUUGAAAGAUCACAUGCGGGAAGCAGGUGAUGUAUGUUACGCUGAUGUUUUCCGUGAUGGAACUGGUGUCGUGGAGUUUGUUCGCAAAGAAGAUAUGAGCUAUGCAGUGCGAAAACUGGAUAACACAAAAUUCCGAUCUCACGAGGGAGAAACAGCAUAUAUCCGUGUGAAAGUUGAUGGUCCAAGAAGUCCAAGCUAUGGAAGAUCUCGUUCACGUAGCGCAGUCGAACCAGAAGCCGUAGCCGAAGUCGCAGCAGAAGCCGUAGUUACUCUCCCAGACGAAGCAGAGGAUCUCCCCGCUACUCGCCCCGUCAUAGCAGAUCACGCUCGCGUAGCUAGAUCACAUAUCUCAACUGAGGAUGGAUUAAGCAUUCUUUGGAUUAAAGGAUUGUGGAGCUCAUUUCAGUCAUAUUAGGAAUGUCAAAUCGUGUCUAAUUGGAGGAGGAGGAGGAAUCUGAUCAUUUAUGGAGGCAAUGGUAUGACUCCAAGUGCUAUUGUCACAAUUAAACUUGGCAGUAUUGAAGUUGUGCUUCUCUUGUACAAAUGGUUGUAUAAUCCAUGAGCUAUGGUGUUACUGUGCCGGGUUACGAAGUUCUGUGCGGCAUCAAUACUGCUGAGCUUGCAUGUUCCGUGUGACUAGUCUGGCAUUGGUUUUCACCAUUUUGAACAGAAGUCCUAUUGAUUAAAACUUAAAAAAAACUUAAAGAAUUAAAAAGUAAAAUGGCUGUCUUUCAGCAGUUUGGUUACCUGGAUCAAAAAUUCAUCAAUCUAGUUUGUAAUGCAGUUAAGUGGUGAAUUACAUGUACAGUACAACUCGAUUACUAGAUUUCACAUGGUAACUAGAAAUGAAGGUGUCAUUGAAAGUAAAUACUGCACCAGUAAAUUUUGUGCUAACUGAAGUACGUGAGUAGUAAUACUAUCAGGGCUUAAAUUGAUAUCCACUAGUCCAACAUCUUGUUCUUUCAUGUACAUCCUAAAUAAACUAAGCAGUAUCUAUGGACAUACUUUAAUGUAGUUAAGUAUGCUGAAUGUAUGGCUUCUAUCAUGUGUGCCCAUUAGUGGACUACUAUGAUGUUGGGUUAGUGAAUACUUAACUACAAUAGUAAGUUGUCAUUUUUUAAUGGUAUUGUGGAAUAAAGUUUCUUGUUAAAAUAUGUAACAACGUUCACAUUGACUGUGGGGGUGUGAAUGCAGUUUAUGCUGUUCAUCUGUCAAAACAUCUGUAAAUAUUGGCCAGAUGAUAGCUAUAACUGUCCCACCCCAUAUAAGCUUUGUUGUUUGUUGUAUCUAACGUUUGCCUCCUUUUUUGGUUUUGCUGGUUAUUAAAGGUUUGGAUUGGAGAGGGCUCAUUGGAUCCCAAUCCUUGGAGCUGGAUCUAUGGAUUCAAUUCAUUGUGAGGAUAGGAUAGGGAGGAUCAUAACAUGGAUUCAUGGAGCGGGAUCAUAUUACCAGGAGCUGUAGGAGUGGAUUCCUGCCCCAAUCAAACCGUGUAUUUGUGGAUUUUUUAUUUUUGUUUUUGUUUUGUUGUGUUCUCUUUUUUGUUUUUUGUUACCCCGUACCCACAAUUGGUUAUUCCAAAAUAUUGUCCCUUUGAUUUUUGUCAGUUGGAGUCCAAUGGAUCCCCGUGGGAUUGGCUUUUUUUUUUUUGCCUUUUUUUUUCGUAAACGGAGUGAAGCCAGGACCAGGAGAGGUACGCUGGAGCAAUCUCCUUGGAUGGAUUCGGCAUUCAGGAUUUGGUAACAAUCUAAGGAGGGUGAUAUCUUAACUUUUUGUAAAUAUGAUUAAGGGAUAUUUUGUUAAAAAUUAAGUCUGAAUUGGCUGUGCAUACUAAAAUUAAGGGAAUAGAUAAAAUUGAUUAAUUUUUGGCCCAAAAGAAUUACUUUCUACUCAUAGCUUAAAUGUUUAACCUCCAUUUUACAAUAAAUUCUUUUCUAAUUGUAUGUUUGAGUUUGUGAUUUUGUGAACAGGUGUUUGGCUUCCAUUUUGUAUAAUUUUCAGGAAUCUUAAGUAAUCCUAAGACUGUUCACAACAAAAUGCUGAAUGAUACGCAUUUUAUAUAUUCCCAUUCAUUUGCAAGUUGCAUUGCCACGUUGCUUUUGCAAAUUCCUAUCAUUUUUUGUUAGGUAAAUAACAAGGAUGAUGUAUUGGUCUUAACUUUGUCAUGCUGGCGUCUACCAGUGGUUUCCUGGCUGACGUUUUAGUUAGCGACAGAAUUGAAGUAAACAUUUAACAGCAGAACAAAUCGAGAUAAUUCACAUUAAUGUUGUAUAAUUCCACAGCUAAUUUUUUACUCUUUCAUCUAAAAAAAACAAAUGCUGUUUACCGCAAGUAUGAGAACAUGACACAAGAUUUCCCACUUUCAUAAACAGAUCUGUUGCUAAAUGGAUGUUGAUUUCCAAAACUAAAGACAGGAAUGACAGUUUUAGAAUUCAUCUGGGUUGGGCUUUCAUUUUUUUUUGCUCCAGAAAAUGUUUUUUUCCAUUUAAAAAGGGAGGGAAAGUAGAGCAUGGUGUUGCCAGUAGUUGCUCCUAAAGCACGCACUUGAAGUAGUGUAGAGACAUCUUGUGAUUAGCGUCAUUUGAUAUACUUUAUAUGUUCAGCAGUGCAUACAUUUCUAUUUUUUCCAACACUCCCUGAGACAUUAGAUAACACGUACCUGAUGAGUGUAAUGACUAAACACAGUGAGACGAAGAAUGUUGUGAAUUUUAAUAAAGGAUCAACAAAC